AGACGCGCCCAUGGUUAUUGUUUACGUGUUUGUUAUCCUCAGAUGUACUUUCCUUGUUUUAAAAGUGGAUUAUUUAUCUAUCACCCGCUGAUUGUGUGUUAUGAUCGUACUAUGGGGGCGGUGUGAACCACUCUGUGUCAACGCGGCUCUAACUGACUGACUCUGCUUUCUGUCAUGACCUGGUGGCUAGAGGAUCUUUAGAGUGAUACUGUGGUGGAGGGGACAUGUCUCUGUCCUCCCAGAGACAACAUGACACAACACGAUACGUCCUCGUAGCGCUGUGAAGAAAGGGAAGUGAAACAGGUUUAUCGCUAUCCAGCACCUCUCCAACUCCCUCUGUAAGAGCAAACUACCAGACAUUAGCUCUGUUUUAGCAAAUGAAGAGUGUCCUGUGUCUUACGAUGCCGGACACGGAGAGGCCCCUGUCUGCUGCUGGAAAGCUCAGCUAUGCGCUGGGACACUUCCUGAACGACCUGUGUGCCUCUAUGUGGUUCACCUACCUGCUGGUCUUCUACCACUCUGUGCUGGGCUUCCGGAACACUAACGCGGGUGUGUUGCUGCUGGUCGGGCAGGUGGCUGAUGCUCUCUCUACACCUCUCAUUGGCUACGAGUCUGACAGAAACCCCGGCUGUGGAAACUAUGGCAGAAGGAAGACAUGGCACUUAGUGGGCACACUGAGUGUGGUGCUGUCCUUUGCCUUCAUCUUCAACCAGUGUCUGGGCUGCAACCCCCUUACACCUCAGUGGGUCAGCUUGACCUACUUCAUCCCGUUCAUCAUCAUCUUUCAGUUUGGCUGGGCGGCCACACAGAUCUCCCACCUCUCUCUCAUUCCAGAGCUGGUCACCUGUGAGGAUGCUAAAGUAGAGCUCACUGCAUACAGAUACGCAUUCACAGUGAUUGCCAACAUCACAGUGUACGCUGUGGCCUACCUGCUGUUCCACUUGCAAGCCAGUGAGGAUGGCGACCCGCUCAGCGAUGAACUUGGACCAGUAGACAUCCCCAUCUUUAGGAAUUUGGCUCUGAUUGUUCUUGGUAUCGGUGCAGUCUUCUCCAUCCUCUUCCACCUGGGAACCAAAGAGUCAAGGCACAGAGCCGAAGGGGAGGCGCGAGAAGAGGAUGUGAGGAAGAGGAAGGAGAAAGUAGAGGAGGAAAGUGAGCGCAGCCCCUUGCUCCCUCGCUCCCAGACCUCCUCAUCUCUCCUUCAGUGGAAGUGUUGGCUGCAGCAGCCUUCUUUCUACCAGGUGGCCUUACUCUACAUGUCUACCAGGUUAAUAGUGAAUCUGUCACAGACCUACAUCUCUAUGUAUCUUAUAAACACUCUGGGGCUGCAUAAGAAGUUCAUAGCGACGAUACCAUUAGUCAUGUACAUGAGUGGCUUCCUGUCCUCCUUCAUUAUGAAGCCUCUCACAAAAUUGAUUGGAAAAUGUCUCACCUAUUUUGUGGGCCUGCUGCUUAUCAUGGCCUUCUCCUACUGGGUGCUGCUGGAUGUCAGGAUGGGUCAGCAGGUGUACGGGGCAGCUGUGUUGCUGGGCGCAGGGUCAGCCACCAUCCUGGUCAUAUCGCUUGCCAUGACUGCUGAGCUCAUUUCCAAUCAGACUCAAAGUGGAGCAUUUGUUUAUGGAGCCAUGAGUUUCACUGAUAAGUUGGCUAAUGGAGUGGCAGUGAUGAUCAUUCAGGCACUUCAUCCUUGCCACACUGUGGUGUGUUGUCCCGCUUGUGUCUGGUUCUAUCAUUACAUCAUGGUCAUUGUGACAGGAGGCGUGGCUGUCGUUGCAGCUAUGGCUCUCUGCUCCAUCCUCAUCUGGCCAAUAAGCAUCAGACCACGUGGUUUGCCUGUCAUCUCUAAUGAUGUCAUCCCUGAUAAUUCAGACAGUGUCAACUAAUGCCACUGAAACUGACUCCAUCACAGUGCAACUGAAAGAAGCAUACUCUAGACAGAUUCAUGUUAGUUUGCCAAAUGCAUUCCUGAGUAGUUUCUCUACCUCAUAUCGUAGAAGAUUUUAAGCUUCAGGGCUGAUUCCAACAAUGUACAAACUUUUCCCCAAAAACUAUCUUGACUCAUCCCAGACUGUUUUUUUUUAGUGAUGAGUGACUGCAUCCUUAAUACUGGACUAUAUUGUAAUAAUGUUUGUCUUUACAUUGCUGAACGUAGAGACACAGUCACACUGCAAGGGAUAGUUCAAUCAGGAAUGAAAAUUCAAACAUUAUCGACGCAUUAUCUACUAUGCUCAUGGAGGUGUGGGUGAAGUGUUUGUGUCCACAUUCUCAGGGUUGAACAGAGUAACAUACUGCCCGUUCGGGUCAUCCAAGUGUCCGCAAGCCACGACAUUCAUAUUUGACCCUAAACGAGUGAAUUUACAUACAGAUGAAAAUGAUAUAUAACUUUGGAAAAUUGGGCAAAAAAUGUCUCACACUCACAAAACAUUCCUGGCAAAACCUCAGCUCAGCUCACCUCAACUGGACCACUACCCAGACAAUGGGAUCUGUGAUCCAAAUCUUCCGCCAAACAAAAGGGAACUGACCACAUUGUGUGAAGUAGGGGAAAAAAAGGACCAUUUAAAAUCCACUCCUCCUGUCAGCUUGUCAGGUAUAGUGACAGUUUACGCUUUAUUGCUUCAAUAACACGUUGUUGCACUACAUCUUCCCCCAUAGAUAAACCACUACGUUUAUAGACUGUCAGUGGUCACAUGAAGAGUCACCCUGAACUCCACAGACUGGCAUGAUGCAUGCACAGAUGACACUUAUAAAACAAGUGAACCUUAAACUUUCAACGUGACUUUGGGGAGCAAAAAGGCAGGGAAAUUGCUGACUAAGAGACUCUCACUUCACUGGCUGUUUGAAGUGACUUAGCUUCAUGCACUUGAUUUUUUGGACACAUGCCUUGAUACCAGAAGAGCGCUGCAAUUUUAAGAGAUGCUGACAUUCAUUUAAAACCUGUUCUGCUGCACUUAAGAAGUAAGGCAUACUGGGAUAUCUUGGGAUUUUUUAGGGUCAUCAUAUUAAAAAAAAUUGUGGUAAUGUUUCUAUUUUAAUAAUUUUAUUUUUAUAAUCAAAAGACACACAAACAACAGAAUUGCAUUUGCUAUAACCAGACUUUAAAGGGAUCAAUAGUGUGAUAUGUGAGUUUAUAUAAUAUAUAAUUAUGAAUAUAAGGGAAUCAUGCAGGUACUGAUGUUUGACUGAUCGCUGUGUGAAAGCGUCCGUCUGUAGUCAUGUUCUGACAAAGCUUCUCAUAAUUUUUCAUAUAAUUUACAUGACUUUAUUUGUUUGCCUUUAUUGUGUCUUUGCUGCUCUGAUGACAUCUUUCAAAAAGGGACAUUAAAUAUGCGUCAUGUGUC